UUAUUCCAUUUCAUUGAAUGAUUUUCUUUUUAUUUUGUGACCGUUUUUGGAUUGGUCAUGUCGGAAGUGUUGGCCAUUAAAGUGGGAGAGAAGCGACCUUUUGAAGAUGAAACUGAAAAGGAAACGGUUUCUUGUUCGGGACAUCGCAUGGCUUUGUUAGAGUUGAGUGAUAAUCAACGUUUGCUGUCACCACCAGCAGUCCAAAACUGGUUGGACCGGGUUUCUUGGAAAAAGUCGCGUCGUUUUUGGACCCGCGAAACAACGAACACCAAGGCUACGGAUGAGAAAAUAAACGUUUUUAGUCGUGAAAUAGAGCUUGGAACAGUUUCUGCUUGUCAGUUUAGGGAGUCUUCUGUGAGGAGUGAAAGUGAUAGUGACGACAGCGUGGGUAGUGACAAGUCACUGAAGCCAUUGACAAAACGACUGGCAUCUAGAACCAGAGUAAUGAAAUGCUCCAGUUGUGGCUCACACAAUUUGUUUCCUGUGGAUUGCGAGGAAGAUGGAAGUGGCGUUGUUCUUCAAGAGUCAACAGAAAGUGACAUAAGUGCCUAUAUUCCUCUUAAGUUUUGGAAGAUGCUCAACAGUAAAGGUGAAAAUCGAGACUUUGAAAAUGAAAAGCUGUUUAGUUUGAAGGAACUGAAGGAAAUUGUUUCGGAGGCGUUGGCUAAUAAGACUAGGCAUUUGGCACAUCGAUACAAUGCGGUCAUACAAGAAAAGUUGGCUGAGCAGUUUCAGAGUUUUUCCAAGUUUAAUGAAGAUUACGUUUCACGCCAAUUGAAGGAAAGAGAAUGUAGUUAUUUGUCGUAAUUGUGAUAAUUUUAGUUUCUAGCGAGUAUAAGCUCGUUCACAAUAUUUUUUUUGAAUGGUAUGUUACUAGUUGAUUAGACGCUAGUAGCCAUUUCAACCCAAUAUAUGUUCAUCGUAUAUAUAAAGAAAGUUGGCUUGUGGAAA